AUGAACUUUAGUCAAACCUACGACGAGCUGAUCAUUAAGGACGUCUGGGGAACGCCCGGCCAGAACGGGGAAGGGGUGUGGAAGAAGCGCGUCCGAGAGGACGAGUUUGAAGUCCUGCAGGACCCCGAGUUUGGCGAGGUGAAGAUGUUCUUCAGCCUAGAGGAGUUUGUUCUGAGCGCGCAGUGGGUGAUGAAGGAUUGGCGAAGGCCCUUGCGCGACACGCUGGGGAACAAGAUCUCCGCCUGCCAGUAG